UUCUCCAGAAGUUGCUUUGCAUGCACACACUUGAACUGCCCCAGGGAGCAGAACACUCUACACUUAAGACAGCGUCGAAACUUUCGAUCCUACACAGUCUCGUGGUCGAUCAUCCAAACCAACACCAUGCUUCACCCGUGGGAUCGCGUAGACACAAUGUGCAACCUCAGCCCGGGGGCUCUGCUGCCUCUCUUCAGCUCUGGGUUCACAGCUGCUGGAUUCUGGCUGGUGGACGGAGCCAAUUCUGCGCCAGCCAGCUGCAUCUUCAGCGCUGUCAUAAACGUGUCCGCUUUUCUGUUGUUCGCCGUCGUCUUCCUCAGAUACUGUCAACUGAAAUCCAGAGCAGAGGUUCAGUGCCUGAACAUAAGCGGAGUGGUGGUUUUCUCUUUUUCCUUCCGUGGAAUGUUAAUCACUGGAAACAUCCCGUUUGCAGUGAAUGGAGAUCUGGCCAACAACGGUUCAUAUAUGACGUUUUUCGCUGGAUUGCUCUACUGCUGGAUGCAGACAAUCAUAACCCUGAAGGUUAACUUGAAGAAAGAGGGAACGAUGGUCGGUCUUCUCCGAGUCCUCUUGUCUAUGGCCAUCACUGUCUGCCUGACUUUCUUUAUCUACCCUAUGUUCCAAUGCUCUUACGUGUACCUUACACCUGGAUUCCAGUGGGUCGUGAUCAUGCUAUACCUCGUCUUCUUCAGCACCUUUGCCAUUGAAUUUAGACACUAUCGCUUCAGCAUCGAGUGCACAGAGAACUCUGGAGAUCUCCUCACAAAGGAAGAAUUCAUCACUACGGUGUCUGAAAAGGUCCCACUUAUAGAUCCUUAAAAAUGAAAAAAAUUGACAAAAAUUUAAUUGUGACACAAAUCCCUUUUGUUGUGAACAUCGUGGAUACAGUUACAGUAGCUUGAAUGUCCUGACUUGUAGUCACUACCUCACACGUAUGUGAAUGUUGCUCUCCAUCUAUAAGCAAUUCAAAUGCAUUUGAUUUAAUAACACAGUAUCACCUCAGUUAAUUAGUUCUAACAAUGCUUUAGUGUGGAAAUGAUUGUUGCACUACAUUUUACACACAAUAAACAUCUUGUGGAUUACUUUUUGAAUGUGUAAAUACCAUGACAUUAUUAAUAAUUUAUUUUAAAACACAAAUGUUUUGAAACUGAAAUACCGACAUUUCUGCGCCAAUUAAAAAGAAACUGUUUUUUGUUU